CUGCUGCCGUUGUUUUCCUGACCGCCCUAAAAAAAUUUCCCAUUUGGUAUUCUUCAUCUUCAUCUCCUCUUUCAGUCUCAGCAUAUAAUACAACAUAUCCACUCUUAUCAAUCUCUUCUCUUUAACCCUACAACAAUCUUUUCCGAGGCCGUUUCAAUCCUAUACUUCUUCUUCUUCACCAGGAUUCUUCUUUUCUAAUCAUUUGUUUCAUUCUGUUGAUUGGAAGACUGAUUUCAGAUUGAUUCUCGUUUUGAUUUCCGGAUUUUGAUUCCUUGUUCAGAGCUGGACGAGUUUGCUAUUUAUAAUCAGCGUAACAAUUUGGAGGUGGCUGAGGCCAAUCACAAGAAAGUCAUGGUGAGUCCUGUAGCACGAAUUGAAGAAUGUGAUAUGGGUCCGCCAUGGUUGAAGCUAAUGCUUAAAGCCAACUACUUCAUUCACUGCGCUGUUCAUGGAGACUCCAAUAAAAGCGAAUGUAACAUGUUUUGUUUAGAUUGUGUGGGAAAUGCUCUCUGUUCUUACUGCUUGAUUAGCCACAAAGAUCACCGUGUUGUUCAGAUAAGGCGAUCCUCUUACCACAAUGUGGUGAGGGUUAAUGAGAUACAGAAGUACAUAGACAUUUCUUGUGUGCAGACUUACAUUAUUAACAGCGCCAAGAUUGUGUUCUUGAAUGAACGCCCACAGCCAAGGCCUGGCAAAGGGGUCACCAAUACUUGCGAAAUUUGUUGCAGAAGCCUACUUGAUUCCUUCAGAUUCUGUUCCCUUGGCUGUAAGCUUGGAGGCAUGAAGAGGGGUGAUCCAGAGCUUACAUUUACACUGAGAGCCAAGCUCAAGGACGGGACCCAUGGUGGGUCAGAAUCAGAUGAAUCGUCAACUCCGAAGAAGCUUCGAAGAUCGCCUAUCUUCAGCCGUCUGAUGGAAGGACUGACAAUCUACUCUGACAGCCAUAGUAGCUCUGGAGAUGAUGAAGCCACCACCAAGCUCUCGCCAACUACUCCUCCCAUUUACAAUCACCGCAAUGCCAGGAGAAGAAAGGGCAUUCCUCAUCGUGCGCCAUUCUAAGUUCUCAAUACACAACACAAAAAUGAAAAGAGAAAAGCUUAAAGUAUGUGAAAAAUCUGUAGUGUAUAGUGAAGUAAUUUGUGAAAAUGAUCAGAAAGUAGCACAGACAAGGAGUGAAAUGUGGAAAAUGAUUAGUACUAAAUAGCCUAUAGUUUUCUGUGUAUAUACAAGGAAAUGCUUCCUUCGUAUCUAAUUAUUAUACGAGUAAUAUUACGUGUAUUUAGUUUUAAAUACUUAAUUAAAUAUUCAAAUGAUUAGUUAUUAAA